AUGUCGGGUUCUUACGCUCAGAAUUUCUCACCGGCAAGAGCGCUCUCUCCGCACCUAAGAACCCCGCCCGAUGUGGAUAGCCAGUACUUGACUGAGCUGUUGGCAGAGCACCAAAAGCUUGGACCUUUCGCGCAGGUCGUCCCCAUAUGUGGCCGACUCUUGAAUCAAGAGAUAAUACGGGUUUCUGGAAUGAUGCCCAACCAAGGGUUUAGUGACUUUGACAGAAUGCAACGUGGAAGCCCUAGCCCCAUUGGUUCAGACAUAAUGCCAAACUAUAGAGGGUCAGGCCUGGGUGGCUGGAACGGCCGACCUCAUGAUAGAUUAGGUGGUCCACAAGGGAUGAAUAUGGAGUGGCAAGUCGCACCAUCAAGCCCAAGUUCCUACAUUGUGAAGAGGAUAUUGCGCUUGGAUAUUCCAGUAGAUAGCUUUCCAAAUUUCAAUUUUGUGGGCCGGCUUCUGGGUCCUAGAGGCAAUUCACUAAAGAGGGUGGAAGCUUCUACAGGUUGUCGUGUAUACAUAAGAGGAAAAUGUUCAAUAAGAGAUAUUGACAAGGAGGAAUCUUUGAGAGGAAGACCAGGUUAUGAACAUCUGAAUGAUCCGCUGCACAUUAUAAUUGAGGCUGAAUUGCCUGCUAAUAUUGUUGAUAUGCGGUUGAGACAGGCAAAACAAAUCAUAGAAGAACUUCUCAAACCCAUGGACGAGUCACAAGACCACUACAAGAGGGAACAGUUGAGAGAACUAGCUAUGCUAAAAUCCAAUCUAAGAGAAGAGAGUCCUCAACCAUAUGGUAGUGUAUCUCCAUUCACUUCAAGUGGGAUGAAGCGUGCCAAAACUGGUCUGUAA